CGGAAGGUGCGAUCGCGCGAGGAAACAGUGGAAUGUAAACAGCAUGCCCGUUUGUCAGCCUGCGAAGUGCGAAGCUUUUUAGCGUUAAGUCAAUUUGUAUGUUUUGUUCAAAAAAAGCAAUUUGGUCCGGGUCGGACAAAUAACUGUAGGUUUCUUGAGGUUAGUGACAUUUCAGCUGUCAACUAUCUUGAUGGUCUUGUACACUAUGGGUAUUCGAAUACACUAACCCGCUGCAGCUGAUUUUUGGGUUAUUAAGCGACGAAGUCAACCAUACAUUCGAAAAACAUUCGGAGUCAUUCAUGUCACGAGGCAAGGGACAAGUUGAAGUAGCUUAAUCUACCCUGUCAUUUGUUAUGGCUGAAUAUCCGUCCUGGAAGUUUUAACACCACGAACUCAACUCUUCUGUCUUUAUAUGGUGUAUUCCCUUCUACCGUUAACGUAACCUUUCACUAGUUUGCUGCUGUAAUUUUUCAGGCGCUAUCAAACCAAAUAUAUUUGACAGGGAACUGUUGGUAUCUUUCUGUGUAGUUGACAGUAGCUUUGCUGAACUUUACCUAUAAAAGAUUCUAGUUUGAUUCUAGUAUAAAUUCAUUUAGAUUUUAAGUAAAGGUCAUUAUUUUUAACAGUAGAUAAACUUGUAGUUUUACACUUGCCCUAAAUUCACCAGUAGCUUAUGUACACUGUCAAAGGGGUAGCCUAGUUGUUAAAUGAAACUCCAAAAUUGAAUUGAAAAAAUGCGGGUAGAGAGAGCCAUAUGGAAUCUACACAGUCAUACAGUUUGAAUGAAAUAAAAAAAGUGUGCUGGCCUUUGGAUUCUGCUGUAGCAGCCCAUCAGCCCAAUCUUGCAAAUUAAGGACAACAUUACUCAGGAAUACCUAGGAACUCAUAGUUCAGUGUUUUUUCCUCAAGGUUCACCCCGAAGGUCGCCAGUGUUAACACUGUGAAUAUACUUAACAAAAAGGGCAGAGUUAUUAUUUUUUUCCUAUUCUUCUAAAGCCUCUGAAGUAGUCUUUACUCACAACUUGGCCUUACUUUCUUUUGAUUAAGUGCUAAGCUGAACAUUUCUCAGCUAUGGCUGAUUCUGGCACUGGGGUAGUGAGUGGAGAUGUCCUGAGCAUAGUCAAAGAUGACUGCUCUUUGAUAGAGGCCCUGUCUAAAGAGGGAGAUCUUACUCCUGGGUCGCCUGUGGCUAAAGAAGUAAGCCACAAACAAGAGCCCUUGGAUGAAGAGUACUCCAUUAUCGUCCCACCAGUGAAAAUAGUAGAAGAAGAAAAUUCCGGCAAAUGCACCGAAACAGCGACCACACCAAACCCCAUUUGUGCGUUCAUUUCGGAAAACAACAUAACAGAAAGCAUUCGGCACACCCCACCGAGCCAAACUCUGACAGAAGGGAACGGGGAGAGCUCGGAGGCCACGUUUGGAAGGUCGGAAGAGCAAAGCCAGUCGGCCACCACCGACUCAGCCUCCUUCUCCAUUCCCAGCUUGGAGUUCUCCGAGGCCAACAAUGGGAAUGACGAGCCGUCGUCUUCCUACUCUGCGCUGGGGAUCGAGGGUCGCUCCCCCUCCGCUGAUGCCCCCUGCCUGUCCGAGGAUGUCGUAGUCGGCGCCGCCACCACCCCUGCGACCACGGAUGGAGCCACAGCCGCGCCGGACCAAGACCCCAUGAUGCCAGCCUACUACUUUGUCAAAUGGAUCACCUGGAAAGAGAAGAGGACACCCAUCAUCACGCAGAGUGAGAACGGGCCCUGUCCCCUCCUGGCCAUCAUGAACGUCCUGUUUCUGCGCUGGAAGGCCAAACUACCCGCCCAGACAGAAGUCAUCACCACAGAGGACCUGAUGGCUCACCUUGGAGAGUGUGUACUGUCUAUCAAACCCAGGGAGAAGGCUGAAGGAAUGGAGCUCAACUUUCAGCAGAACAUGAGCGACGCCAUGGCGGUCCUGCCGAAGCUGUCCACGGGUCUUGACGUCAACGUGCGCUUCAUGGGCGUUUCAGACUUUGAGUACACCCCAGAGUGCAUCGUGUUCGACCUGCUGGACAUCCCCCUCUACCACGGUUGGCUGGUGGACCCUCAGAGCCUGGAAAUGGUGUCAGCGGUGGGAAAGCUGAGCUACAACCAGCUUGUGGAGAAGAUCAUCGACUACAAGCAUUCGUCCAACAGCAGCCGCGUCAGUGAAGGUUUGGUGGCGGAGCAGUUCCUCGAGUCCACGGCGACCCAACUGUCGUACCACGGACUUUGCGAGCUGAACGCCACGGCCAAGGAGGGCGAGCUGUCGGUCUUCUUCAGAAAUAACCACUUUAGCACUAUGAUAAAGCACAAGGGUCACCUGUACCUUUUGGUGACUGACCAGGGCUUCCUGCAGGAGGAGGGCCUAGUGUGGGAGAGCCUGCACAAUGUGGAGGGCGACGGCAACUUCUGCGACUCUGACUUCCGCCUGUGCCACCCGCCCCAGAGGAGCGCCGCGGUGAUGCAGCCCGAGGACCUGACGCCCCAGCAGCAGCAGAGGCAGAUCGACCAGGACUACCUGGUGGCCAUGUCUCUGCAGCAGCAGCAGGGGGUGGCCCCGGGGCCCCUCAGUGACCUGGAGCUGGCCAGAAGGCUGCAGGAGGAGGAGUAUCAGCAGCAGCAGCAGCAGCAGCAGCCGCAGCAGCCGCAGCCCGGUCCCUCUCAGGCCCCAGGACAGCAGGGGAGAGGACAAGCUGCGUCCCAAACGGGAGGUCAGAGGAGACGGGAGAAGAAGGAUGAUUCGGACUGUGCCAUAUUAUAGCGUCGCCCCCUCCCUCUUACCCAAUAGUCCAUGGUCCCUCUGAUUCCAGCCUGCACUUCUGUGCAUUAAGCCAACCUCUAACACACACACUUAAAGUUAGGGGUUUGUGCCCCCUGCCGCCACCAUGCCAAACCCUCCGCUCACUAAACCUAACCUCCAGGUUGUACCUCAGCCACUACCUCCUCACCUCACCUGUUCUCCUCUGAGCAUCCAGGCCAAAAGGUGGCAGUAUUAAUCCCUCUGCAGUCCACAAGGUCAAAUCGAAAUGUGAAUUAAGGCAUUAGAGGAAAUUGAAGGAUGUCCAGCUAUCACAACCUUCUGGGGGGGGGGGGGUUGUAAUCAUGCUCUGGUUUGGUUUCUCUGGCACUUGUUGGUUUCCUUUUGAUUGAUAAAACAAAGGUGGAAAUGGAAUGCCCGGGAUUACAGUUCUGCUGGGUGAUGUUUCUAUUACUUAAAAUCGCAUCGUAUUUGGCCUCUUUUUCCCCAGUAAAAAUAGGAUUUUUACAAUUAUUGGGGGGGGAAAUACUGUACAUUUUAGAGCACAAAGACAAAAAACCCUUCCUGUACAACCCUGUUCGUUUCUGAAACAGCCUUAGAAAGUCCUGUUUUUAAGCCAACUCUGUGGGUAGUGGUCAUCAGAGGCAUUUCGUCCACGAUGGAAACUCUGGUACAUUCCUUCCCAAUGACAUUACGGAACGAUGCACAAUUAUGCCUAGCCCAGGAAGAGGACUCCGUAAGCCUGACCGAAAAAAUUAAGAAAUUGGCCUUGAGGGUCCUCCGUUCCCCAAGGUCCCGUCCGCUUGGGCCUUGCCUGUCCUGUAGUGUACUGUAGUUUGUAGCGGGGGUAAUUAUGCAAAAGGUCAAUGGAUGAGGACUGUAAUAUAAGGUGUUUAGUUGGAGCGUGUUUAGAAUGGGGCUGGGGCUUUUAGCCAAACACUACAGUACUAGACCACACCUAGAUGCCAUAUUAAUCGUCGCCACUUCUUUUCGCUUUGUAUUUAAUUUGUCAGUAAAUGAAAAUCUAAAACUGUUA